AUGCCGAAGAUGACGGAGAUCAACAAGAGCAUGACGGUGGCAGGCCUUAUCUCGUCCAUUCAACCACCGGAGAAACAGAACGAUGUGAAGAAAAUCCUGCAAGUCUUGAAGAAGUACAGUAAAGACAUCCAUGUCUGGGGUGACAACAUCAUCGGUGCCGGCAAAAUGCUCUAUCAGAGCAAGAGCCAGAAGCCUUACACGUGGUUUCAAUGUGGCGUCGCCCCAAGGGCAUCCAACAUCUCGGUCUACCUGGGGAUGACUCCACUGAGCAGCGCAACGGUGGCGAAGGUGGGUCCCAAAUGUAGCCAUGGCGUGGGCUGUCUCUACAUCAAGUCACUGGCAGACGUGAACAUGAAAGAAUUGGAGGCGCUGUUGAAGAAAUGCUUUGCCGUGAAGGAGUUCGUCGCUCCCGGUGCCAAGCCCGCGAAGCCGUCGAAGCCGUUGAAGCCCGAAGGGAAGGGUGCCAUGAAGGUGAAAAAACGACCUGGCAAGAAAGCCUGA